UACUUUUGUUCGAGUAAAGACUUAAAAACGUCCUUCACCACCACCACACACUUUAUUCUCGGCGACGUCUCCCCACAGUGGUAUUACUUGUGCUCUCUUUGAGCACUCCAUGAAUUCCAUUCCGCCUUUUACUUUUCGGCAGCGCACUCUCCGCACAGGACUUCCCAUUGACUUUGCAAGGCUGCAUUCAACCCACCACAAGUCCCAAGUUUCGGAGUGCAAGGGAGAAGAAGCCCCAUAGUGUCGAUCUUUUUUAUUUGCGUAAUCUUUUUGAAAAGAAAAAGAGAGAAAAACACGAGAAGGGAUCCGUUUUACCUGUUGAUGAAGUCCCACCGGGCGUGGGACGCAGCGGAGCAGUCGGGUUUCUAGAAGAAAAGUCUGAAAUAGGUGCACCGUUCCAGUGGCCAGGAGGCGUGAAGGACCCUCGUAUUCCCCCCUUUCCCCCAGCAUUUACAGCCUGUGCUGGGUCGGUGGAAAAUGGGCACUCUGACCACUUCGAUCUGUGGACUUAUCCUCUCUUUCAUACUCACAUCGCAGCUUUUUACUGUGACACAGGCCUCCAAGGUAUGGGGAGAGGUUCCUCUGCCAGAAGAUUUGGAGGCAGAAAAAACUGUCCAGGGAUCUCAGAGUUUACUGGAUGAUGAUGAGGACUUUGCAGCUGAUGAAGCGUCAGGAGACCAGCCCAGUGGAGAGGAAUAUGGAAGCACACCGUGGCCUGAUAGCACAACACAUUGGUUGGAUUCUUCAUAUCUGAGGAACAUACAGAACCCAAGUGAGCACGACCAAAUUUAUUACAGAGCUUCUGUCAACUUCACCUCCCUGGUCUACAGUCCCGAAUACGAAGAAAUCUUCUCUCGUGAAUUUAUCGAGCUUACUGAAGCAGUGGUGGACACGCUCGAGUCAGAGUACAACAAGAUUCCAGGUGUCCAGACAGUCAGUGUGAUCCUUGUUAAAAAGGAGAUAAGAGAGGAUGGCGUUGAUGUAUUUGUGGAAAUAGAUGUGGGAUCUGAAUACAACGCCAAUGAGGAACAGAUCCGCAGCGUGCUGUACAACGUGGUGAAGGAAGGAGCAAUUGCUUCCUACAGCACUUCGGUCCAGGGCUUUCAGUUCAGACGGCUUGGAGUAGCUGAACCUUUGCCUUCAGCGGAGCAUGUAGCAGACCCAGUAACCCCCAGUGUGAGACCCUGCAUGCCAGAUGAGCACAGGUGUGGUGAUGGGACAUGUAUCCUAAUGGAAUACCUGUGUGACAACCGACAAGACUGCAGAGACAUGAGUGAUGAGCUCAAUUGUGGGCCGAUUAUUCCGAUCAUCACAACCCCUGCCACCACAGUUGAUACAACCCAGAAGGUAGUGCGUCCCCCCGGCCAACCUGGACCCUGCAGAGUGGAUCAGGCUACAUGUCAGACUGGAGAGUGUAUACCUCGUGACUAUAUCUGUGACGGUCAGCGGGACUGCCCAGAUGGAAGCGACGAGUUUAGAUGUGGUACUCCAUCUCCCUGUGAACCCAAUGAGUUCAAGUGUAAAAACGGUCGCUGUGCACUCAAACUUUGGCGCUGCGAUGGAGAUAAUGACUGUGAGGAUAACUCAGAUGAAACCGACUGCCCCUCCAAGGGCCCCGAUGACAGGUGUGCUCCUGAGCAGUUUGAAUGCCUGAGUGAUAACAAAUGUAUCCCAGCUAGUUACCAGUGUGAUGAAGAGCCAGACUGUGAAGACCGCUCCGAUGAGUAUGGCUGCACCCCUCCUGCUGUAACAAGCCCCCCAGAAGAGUCAGUUCAGGUUGCACGGGGAGCCACAGUAACAUUCACCUGUCAAGCUGUUGGAGUGCCAACACCCAUUAUCACCUGGAGACUCAACUGGGGACACAUUCCUACCAGCAACAGGAUUACCGUGACCAGUGAUAAUGGCCGUGGGACCCUCAUUAUUCGUGAUGUGAAGGAGUCAGAUCAGGGGGCGUACACAUGCGAGGCCAUUAAUGCUAAAGGCUUGGUGUUUGGCAUCCCAGAUGGAGUGUUAACUCUUAUUUCAAAUCCAAACCAAGGCAACUGUCCUGAUGGUCACUUUAGCGUGAAUGGCCGCUGUUUGUCCUGCUUCUGCGGUGGAAUCUCUAAAAAUUGCAAGAGCACUGGACGUUAUCGCAACCAUAUCAGUCUGCGGUUCACAGAGGAGGAAAACUUCAAAGGAGUGAACGUUACCUACCCAUCGAGGCCUGGUACUCCUCCUCUCUCCUCCACUCAGCUCCUUAUUAACCCGGAGAUGGAAGAGUUCCAGCUUGUCGACCUCUCACGUCGUUUCCUUAACCUCGACUCCUUCUGGACCUUGCCUCGCCAGUUCCUGGGCAAUAAAAUCGAUUCCUAUGGAGGAUCAUUGAAGUUUAAGGUGCGGUACACACUAGCACGCGGAUUGUCCGAGUCUGUGGAGAAGCCAGAUGUGACGCUGGUUGGAAAUGGGCGCAGGCUUGUGUACCGCAGAGGCAAUGGCACCCCUCCCAAUGUGGUCAACCAAAAGGAGAUCAGAUUCACUGAAGACAACUGGCAGCACUCCAGUGGUCGUUCUGUGACCCGAGAUGAGCUGAUGAUGACCUUGGCCAACCUGGAAAGCAUCAGCAUCCGCACCAACUAUGAUAACCACAUGGUCAGUGUGGCACUCAGUGACAUUGUCAUGGAUACCACGACUGUGGAGUUCAGCGUUUUGGGUCAUGCUAAGGACGUUGAAGAAUGCAGAUGUCCUCCUGGAUACACAGGCCUGUCUUGUGAGAUGUGCUCUGCUGGUUUCGAGCGUGUUCCUGGUGGCUUGUAUCUGGGAACCUGUGCUGGUUGUAAUUGUAAUGGACAUGCUACUGCCUGUGAUCCAAUCAGCGGACAAUGUCUGAGCUGCCAGCACAACACAGAGGGCCCUCAGUGCGACAAGUGUCGUUCUGGCUACUUUGGCGACCCAAGCCGAGGCCGCCCUGAUGACUGCAAGCCCUGCCCUUGCCCGUACACUGAGACAUCACGACGGUUCUCGGACACCUGCUUCCUGAACAUUGACCAACAGCCAACAUGUGACGCAUGCAGGCCCGGCUAUACAGGAAGACGCUGUGAAAAGUGUGCUCCUGGUUAUCAGGGUAACCCUCUUCUGCCUAAUGGAAAAUGUGUCCCUGUCUCAAACCCAUCUACCAAGUGUGAUGAGAGAGGAAUUGUCAGCUCCAGCAGCGGGCCAUGCAGCUGUAAGAACAAUGUGGCAGGCGCUCUGUGUGACGAGUGCAAGCCUGGGUUCUUCCACCUAUCAGGGUCCAACGCUGAAGGCUGUCUACAGUGUUUCUGUAUGGGCGUCACCAAACAGUGUUCCAGCUCCACUUGGAAUAGAGAACAGGUGCGGGGCGGCGUAAACGGGCAACUCUUCUCCCUCUCCAAUAGUGCCAACACUAAUACUAUCACUGAAGGCAUCUCACAAAGGGGCUCCUCUGAAGUUGUCUACCGUUUCUUCUCGAGUCUCCCUGAUGACAUCUACUACUGGGUCCUGCCUGAGAACUUCAGGGGAGAUAAGGUGACAGCUUAUGGCGGAGAGCUUCGCUACACAGUGAGCUUUGAACCAUUUCAGCGCUCUCUUAUGAUUGAUGGUCAGCCAGAUGUGGUUCUCCAAGGCAAUGGAAUCUCCCUGGAACACUACGCUCAAACCAGACCGCUCCCACGUGUCCCACAAAUUGUCACUGUGACCUUCCGAGAGUCUGAAUGGCGUCGUGCUGACGGACAGCCGUGUACUCGUGAGCACCUACUGAUGGCGCUGGCAGACGUUGCUGUCUUCAUGAUCAGAGCCAGCUAUGCCGACAAUUUGGCUGAGAGCAGUGUCUCAGAUAUCCAGAUGGACAUUGCUGUUCCUCACUCAACUGGGUAUGAACGUGCUCUGGAGGUGGAAGAGUGCGCCUGCCCUCAAGGAUACAGAGGACCAUCUUGCCAGGAAUGUGACGAAGGGUACACGCGGACUACCUCUGGGCUUUACCUGGGCACAUGUGGGAGGUGUGAUUGUAACGGUCACGCCAGCAGCUGUGACCCGGAGACCGGCAGGUGUCUGCAAUGUCUCCAUAACACUGCUGGCUCAAGAUGUGAGCGCUGUCAAAAUGGUUUCUAUGGAGACCCAGUCACGGGUGGUGCUCAGGCCUGUAAGCCCUGCUCCUGCCCUGGAAUCUCUUCUAAUAACCAAUUCUCCACGACCUGCUAUCUGGAUUCUGACGGCCAGCCGACCUGUGACAACUGUCCUCUUGGAUUCACUGGCCGACGCUGUGAAAGAUGUGCUCCAGGAUACACUGGUAAUCCAAUGCUUGGACAGAGCUGUAAAGUUGGCAAUGGACGUGAUGAGUGCUAUAACUGUGACCAAAGAGGGCAUGAAAGCUGCAAUAGUGGUGUGUGCAACUGCAAGAUGAACGUUGAAGGCCAGUAUUGCUCCACCUGUAAGACUGGGGCCUUCCAUCUGAGCCAAGAAAACAAAGAUGGCUGCCUGUCCUGCUUCUGUAUGGGUGUCACUCAGCAGUGCUCCAGCUCAACCUACUACAGAGAUCUGGUGUCCUCAGUCUUUUCUCCAGGGAACUUCCAGGGAUUCGCUCUGGUCAACCGUCAGCGCACCAGUCGCAUUUCCACUGGUUUCACUGUAGAGAUUUCCAAUGAAGGCACUCAGCUGUCCUACAGUAACUUUGACUACCUGGGACAGGAGCCUCACUACUGGCAGCUUCCAGGAGUUUACCAGGGUGAUAAGAAAAAUUCUCAUUUUGCUCGUGUGAAACGAAAAGAUCAGAGUGAUUCAUAUUUGCCAGAGGAGCAGCUAAGGAAGGAUGCUUCCAUCUGGAACCUAAUGGCCACUCAGCGUAAAGACACCCACAGAACCAAAAGAGCUAGUCAGGGUGCUGUCAGAGAGCUGGAUGAUGAAGUCUGGGCACUUCUCUCUAAUUUCUCCAAUGGGCAAGCUGGUUCUCCUCCAUUUUUUCCCUCCUAUAAAUCCUCCUCCUUUCCUCCGUACUCUUCUCCCUAUACUUCCCGAGUCUCGACUUCCUCUUCGUCUUCCUCUCAUUCUCGCUGGUCUUUGCGCAACCCUAGUCCCCCACCCCCCCCAUCUGGUAUCGCUUCAGUUAGACCAACUCGACCCCAACCUUACUCCCCAGGACAUGCUCCUCAUCUCCAGCAGAGCAAGAACACAGUGAGCAAGACUUAUAGUACGACUGGUGGGACCAGCAAGUACUUUCUGGUCUACAAAGGUUUCAACUUGCACCAGGAUGGUCUGCUCUACUGGCAGCUUCCAGGGCAGUUCACAGGGGAUAAGGUGGGGUCCUAUGGUGGAAAACUUAAAUAUACCAUUUCCUAUGUGGCUGGUCCGAGAGGAACGCUCCUUGAUGAUGCUGACGUUCAGAUUAUUGGUAAUGACAUCACCUUGGUAGCCCGUCAGCCUUGGCAGCGGAGGCAACAGGGCAGAGAGAUGAAUACAUUUGAGAUCGUCUUCAGAGAGGAAAAUUGGCGUCGACCUGAUGGCAUGAUUGCCACUAGAGAGCACCUGAUGAUGGUUCUGGCUGAUCUCGAUGACAUCCUGAUUCGAGCAUCCUACUCCACAGAGAUGCGCUCCUCCAGCAUCUCUGACAUCAGCAUGGAAGUUGCUGUGCCCAACUACAGCGGCUUGGCACAGGCCCUCGAGGUGGAGCAGUGCCGAUGCCCACCUGGAUACCAGGGACUCUCCUGCCAGGACUGUGCUCCUGGCUAUACCCGCACCGGUGGUGGCUUGUACCUGGGUCACUGUGAGCUCUGUGAAUGCAAUGGUCACUCUGACUCCUGUCACCCGGAGACCGGCAUCUGUACAAGCUGCCUACAUAACACGCAGGGUGAGCUCUGUGAGCAGUGUGCUCCUGGUUUCUUUGGUGACCCCACUGUUGGCACUCCAGAAGACUGCCAGCCAUGUGCCUGCCCUCACACUGACCCAGACAACCAGUUCUCCCCUACCUGUGAGAGCCUUGGAAAUGGAGGUUACCAGUGUACUGCCUGUCAGCCUGGCUACACUGGCCAGUACUGUGAACGUUGUGCUCCUGGAUAUGUUGGAAACCCACAGGCAAGAGAGAAGUGUCGUCCAAAUGAUGUUGCAGCCCCACUCGUAGUCAGAAUUUAUCCAGAGAGAGUCCUAGUGCCACAGGGAAACCCUGUCACUCUGCGGUGUCAGGUGUCUGGAUCACCUCCGCACUAUUUCUUCUGGUCGAGAGAAGAUGGACAGCCAAUCUCCGGCAGUGCUGAGAGACAUAGACAAGGAGCCGAGCUGUACUUCACCAGCGUCCAGCCAAAGGAUGCCGGUGUUUACAUCUGCACCUGCCAAGACCAGCGCAGCACUAACAGGAGCCACGCUGAAAUUGUUGUCACAAGUGUCCCUUCCAAACCUAUCCAGGUAAUCGUUGAAGAGCCCAAAUCCCAGACUAUAAGGGUCGGGUCUACUGUCCAAUUCAUCUGUACUGCACAGAGCAAGUCACCAGCCUACACUCUGGUCUGGACUCGAAGCGGCAAUGGGAAACUUCCCAACCGUGCCAUGGACUUUAACGGCAUCCUAACAAUUCAGAAUGUCCAGCCCGAGGAUGCAGGUGUCUACAUUUGCACAGGUUCCAACAUGUUUGGCAUGGACGAGGGCAGAGCCAUCCUCUACGUGCCAGAGGCCUCACAGACUCAGAUGUUUUACACAUCCUAUGAAAUGUUUGAAGGACGCAGACAUACUGCAGAGGGGGCCCGGCCUCUGGCCACUGUAACUCCCUCAGUGCUGAACGUCUAUCAAGGCCAGAGGGCAGAGUUCCACUGCACAGUAACUGGAAACCCAACCCCUGCCAUCGAAUGGAUUGGAGGUCCAGGUAACCGAAUGAGUCAGAGAGCAGUGAUACGAGGUGGCAUACUGACCUUCACCUCAGUGGACGCGGCUGAUGAGGGAGACUACACCUGCAAGGCCCUAAACACGCAUGGCGAGCACACAGCGCGGGUUUCUCUCCUUGUCCAAAACUCUAACCCUAGCGGUCUAGGCAACCUACCUCAAGUCCAAGUCAGUCCUCAAAAUACAGAAGUCCAAGAAGGUGACACAUUGAGGUUGUACUGCAGAGCAUCGGGAUCACCCACCCCGAAGCUCACCUGGCUGAAAAAUGGAGGACAAAUCCCCCCUCAGGCUAUUCCCUCUCACGGUUUCCAUCAGUUUAAAAGCAACAGUCUCGAUGCGUUACAGAGACGUAUUGAGGACCUGCAGGCUCGUAAUGACCGCACCGACAUCGGUACUCUGUUCAUCCCUAAUAUCAAGGUGGCCGACUCGGGUACUUAUAUGUGUGUCGGCAGCAACAGCAUUGGCUCAAAUAGUGCUCCCAUUAAAGUCAGUGUGCACAAAGCUGAUCAUAGCUAUAAUGUGGUGAGCAUCCAACCAUCCAUAGCUGAUGUCCAAGUAGGCCACAAUCUGGAGCUCAAUUGUUUUGCGCCAGGAAAUCCUCCUCCCCCUGUCAUCUGGACUAAAGCUAGUGGACACCUCUCUGCCAAUCACCAGGUUGUGGGCAGUCAGCUACGAAUCCUGUCAGCUACUGCAGACGACUCAGGAGAGUAUAUCUGUCGAGUACAAGGAAACCCCGGCGGCUCUGGAUCUCAUAUCCAUCAGGCCUCUGUCUCUGUGUCUGUUACUUCGUCUUCUUCACGCCAGCAGAGCCCAAUCAUUGCCAUUGAACCCCACAGCGCUGCAGUGCGUGUAGGGGAGUCAGCCAGCUUCAAAUGCAAUGUGUACAGUGGAGCCCAGCCUGUUAGACUGGAGUGGAAACUGGCCAGUAACAAGCCACUGCCAGACAAUGUCAAAGUUAGCUCUGAUGGUUCUGUUAUUACCAUUACCAAUGCACGCACCACCAACCAUGGUGCCUAUCGCUGUGUGGCAAGCAAUCCAUUCGGCAUCACGCACACAGUAGUGUCUUUGAUUGUUAAGGAGGCUCCUGUGGCCACGGUAACCCCUGUCGGGCCUGUGCAGAUUAGGGUGGGUGAGCCCAUUAACCUGGAAUGCCAAGCUUCAGGAGAGCCCCGCCCCUCGGUUUCAUGGCACAGGCUUGACAACAACCGCAAGGUAGUGCUGAGCAGUCCUGUGCUCGUGGAGUCCAACGCAGUCAUGCAGAUACUAGCAGCACGUCCAGAAGACAGUGGCACAUAUGUGUGUGCAGCUCGAAACAAUGAAGGUACUACUGAGACCAGGGUGGAAGUAAUUGUCGAGGGAGGAUCCCAGUUGCCUACAGUGCCCAGGGCCUUUGUUCCUGAACCGCUUAUGAUUGUAGUGGAGGGUCAAACUGCAACACUGCGCUGUGAGGCCCACGGUUUCCCUGCCCCAGAAAUCAGGUGGGCCAAGCUGCGGUCCCCUCUGCCUUGGCGGCACACGCUUGUGAACAGCAGCUUGGUGUUGCAAAACGUUGGCAGACAAGACUCUGGAGAGUACAUCUGCAGUGCCACCAACAACAUGGGCACCACUAAAGUCACCAUUACGUUAGAUGUAGAGACUCCUCCGUAUGCCACCUCUGUGCCUAAUGAUGUGGCUGUGCGGGUUGGGGAGGUGAUCAGGUUGCAAUGCCUGGCCCAUGGAACUCCUCCUUUGACCUACACUUGGACCAAGCUGGAUGGAAACCUCUCGCCAAGGGCUGAGGUUAGGGAAGGGGACCUCCAGAUAAACCUAGCUACCUCUGAGGAUGCUGGAAGCUACAAGUGUGUGGCCAGCAACAAAGUGGGCAACAGUGAAGUGAUUGCAAAAGUCACAGUCAGAUCUCCAUUGGCAGUGCGUGUAGCACCACAGGUUGAAGUAAAAGCCCAGGGCAGUGCUGUGGAGUUCACCUGUUCAGCAGCAGGUGGUGUAGAAACCAAGAUUGAGUGGCUAAAGGAAGGAGGAGCCCUGCCACCAAACAGCCACAUCAAGGAUGGAGUGCUCAGGAUUGAGAACCUAGAGCAAAGCAAUGAAGGUGUUUAUAUCUGCCGAGCUAGCAGCGUGUAUGGUCAAGCACAGGACACUGCUCGUUUGACAAUCCAAGCCUUGCCAAAGGUCAUGAUCAAUGUGCGUACCUCAGUGCAGACAGUUAUGAUUGGGAACUCUGUGGAGUUUGAAUGCCAGGCUGUUGGUGACCCAGAGCCCACAGUAAAGUGGAGCAAAGUCGGUGGGUCUCUGCCACCUCACAUUGUAGUGAAGGGUGGCAUGCUGAAGAUUGAACAGGUGACAGAGGCCGAUGCUGGCCAGUACCGCUGCACAGCCACCAAUGAUGUGGGCUCAGUACAGUCUCAAGUGGUCCUGAAUGUCCAGUCCCUUCCUCAAAUUGCUGCUCUGCCAAAAACGAAGGAGGUGGCGGUUGGGUCAGAUGCAGUCUUGCCUUGUGUGGCCUCAGGAUAUCCUGUUCCUGAUAUCAAAUGGUCUAAGCUUGAUAGGGAGCUUCCUGCUAAGUGUUUCCAAGAAGCCAACGUGCUGACAGUUCCUCGGGUCACCCAUGAGGAUUCUGGCACAUACGUCUGUACAGCCUCAAACAAGCAGGGCAAAGUGGAGUCCUUUACUACACUUGAAGUCCAUGAGAGAGUAAUGCCAUAUUUUGCCCAGGAACCCUCGUCGUACCUCACCCUGCCAACUAUCAAAAAUGCUUAUAAAGCUUUCAAUAUUAAGGUCAACUUUAGACCUGAUAACGUUGAUGGUCUCAUAUUGUACGCUGGUAUGAUUCUCUACAAUGGCCAGAGAAGGACUACAGGAGCUGACUUUAUCUCUCUGGGGCUUGUGGGUGGCCGCUUGGAAUUCCGGUUUGAUGUGGGCUCUGGCAUGGCCACCAUACGUGACCCGCACCCUAUUAAACUGGGAGAGUUUCACACAGUUGAGCUGCAUCGCAACCUCACCCAAGGAUAUAUUAUUGUAGAUGGAGGAGAGCCCAUCAAUGGCAGCUCACAGGGCAAGUUCCAGGGUCUGGAUCUCAAUGAGGAGCUUUAUGUGGGUGGUUAUCCCAACUACACACUCCUCACCAAAACUGCUGGAAUUAAGACUGGUUUUGUGGGCUGUAUUCGUCAGCUAUUCAUCCAGGGUGAGGAAAUCAUCUUUAAAGACCUUGACCGCAGCUCUACUGGUGUGACAAACUGUCCUACCUGUGAAGAUAAACCAUGUCAGAAUGGAGGGAUGUGUGAGGAUUCAGAGGCUAGUUUGUAUAAGUGCAGCUGUCCCAGAGGAUUUACAGGCAGCAACUGUCAGCACCACUCUUCUCUCCACUGUCACUCGGAGGCCUGUGGACCAGAUGCUACUUGCAUCAACCGCCUGAAUGGCCUUGGCUACGAUUGCCGCUGCCAUCUUGGCAAAUUUGGGGAUAAAUGCAUGGAUGGGGAACUGGUUACCACGCCACUGUUUGAUGGGGAGGAGUCAUACAUCGCCUAUCCUCCUCUGACCAACAUCCAUGAUGACCUGCGUGUUGAGCUGGAGUUCAAGCCAGUGCAGAGAGAUGGCCUGAUCUUCUUCUGUGGUGGGAAAAAAAUGAAGGUGGAGGAUUUCGUCGCCAUUUCCAUGGUGAAGGGACAUGUAGAGUUUAGAUAUGAACUGGGCACAGGCCAGGCGAUACUUGUCAGUCCUGAGCCAGUCUCUCUGGGGCAGUGGCACAGAGUUGUGGCUGAGCGGAACAAGAGGGAUGGCCACCUGAGGGUCGACCAAGGUCCAGUGGAGAGAAAGACAUCUCCGGGCAAAGCCCAGGGCCUCAAUAUCCACACCCUCAUGUACAUAGGAGGAGUGUCCAACAUGGACAUCCUGCCUAAGCCUGCUAAUGUCAGCGACAUGUUUAAGGGCUGCAUAGGAGAGGUUUCCAUCAACAACAAGAAGGUGGAUUUGUCCUACAGCUUCACAGAGAGCAGAUCUAUCAGUAAAUGUGUGGACAGAAGCCCAUGUGACCGGCGGCCCUGUCUGAAUGGUGGUCACUGCAUGUCUAGUGCUGAGUAUGAGUACCAGUGCCUCUGUAAGGAUGGAUUUGAAGGUGAACGGUGCGAGAUAGCGAAGGACGCGUGCCAUAGCAAUCUUCAUUGCCAGAAUGGAGGCAUCUGCAUCAACAGCCAGUGUGUGUGUACACCUGGGUACACAGGUCUCAACUGUGAGGAAGUAUUAUCAGGCCAGGUCGUCAGCUUCCCAGAGGCCCUGAGGAAUUUGGAGUCUAGCGAGGCGAAUGAUUCACCCUAUCAGUAUGCAGCUCAUUUCAACAAUAAUGGAUACAUUGCACUUCCUAAAUCCAUUUUCCCAAGAAGUGCCCACGAUUCACCAGAAACAAUUGAAAUGGAGAUCAACACCAGCUCCUCUGACGGCCUGAUCCUAUGGCAGGGAGUGGAGACCAAUGGUGCACGCAUUUUGCGAAAGGUGCAUGCUAUUAAAAAGGAACCUGGAGAACAUGGCAAACGCAAGGACUUUAUUAGCCUCGGCCUACAGAAUGGACACCUUGUUUUCAGUUACCAACUGGGAAGUGGAGAGGCACAAAUCUUUUCCGACAGGUCAAUCAAUGACGGCAGAUGGCAUAAGAUCACAGCAGUCAGAACUGGAAAAGAUGGCUAUAUCCAGGUUGAUGGAGGAGCCAAGCUACAUGGACAAUCUAAAGGCAAAAGCCUCAUGGUCAACACCAAAGGCAGUAUAUAUCUUGGUGGAGCCCCGGGUAUGACUGCCAUGACAGGAGGGAAGUUUUCAUCAGGAAUGAAGGGCUGUGUGAGGAACCUGGCACUGAUGAAUGCUCGGCCAGGACAGCAGCCAGCCCAGGCCAUUGACCUGCAAGCCCACGCGGCCCAUGGCAUCAACGUGCAGCCAUGCUCUUCGUAGACUGCUGCACACACGUACACAAACACACAUAGAGACUUUGGAGAAACAUCAUACACACACACACACACACACACACACAGCAAACCUACACAAAAAGACUUACACAAAUAGAGCCUGACACAUAUUUGGUGCUUUGCUGCUACCAAAAAAAAAGAUUACACAACAAGAUGCAUUUAUCUGUGUGCAGUAAAACCAAAAAAAGACAGAAAAAUUCAGACAAUAUUAACACGUCUUCUCUUCCUCGGUGUUGUAUUCUUGAUGAAGGACUAUUAACACAGGAAAACCAGUACAGUUUACAUACUUCCAGCAGUAGAAUUAGCCAUGAGAAAAGUAAAACAUAUUAGGCCUUCUACGAUGGGUCAGAUCCUAAGGAGGUGGAGAUGUUUUUACAGCACUGAAUUUUUAUUUAUAUACAUAUGAUUAUAUAUAUUAUAUUUGUGGGGGGAAACAUGCAAACUAACCAUAACUGCUCUUCAUCUUUCCUAGAAUUGUUUCUGGGUUCUAGUACUCUGUGUCCUGGGCUUUUUAAAGGCCUAACUGUAUUAAUACCUGAAGACUUUUAGGCCUUCUUUCUUCACUUCUGUAGAGGAACCUUUUCAUUGCGAGCAUGCUUACAGUCUUUCCUGAACCGUUGGGAGAGGAGUGCACAUGGUCACAGUCACUUGCAGCUUCAGCACACAACUCAGGACGUCAAAUACAAAGGAUUAAAAGCUAAGGAUAUAAGUACCGCUGCUUCAGCUUGGCUUAUUGUUGAUUCACUAGUAAUUUGCAGUGCUUUUUGUCUUCUGUCUAUAUAUUUUUUUAUUUUUAAAGAAAGAAAUCUUGGUGCUAAGGUGAAACAUUAAAAUACAGCACAUAGUCAAAUAGUUAAUAUGUCACAUGUAGAGGUUUUAUUUAGUAAUUUGGCAUAGAUCAGCAUACAGUCAUUACUUUUGUUGAUGUGCAUGGCAUUUUUGGAUUGAUUUAAUGGCGGUAUGGCAUUGUUUGUUGCCUCAACAGCCUUAUUUGAUUGAGUAGAUCUCAAAAAAGGAGUUUAAGUGAACUGAAAAUGUGUCAUUUUUUAUGUAUGGUUAUUGAAGAUAUUGUUUUAUGUGUUAAACUAUCUGCCAGUCAGGUAGAUAUCUGUGUCAACUAAGAAUGAGUGUAUAUGUGAAGUAAAUUUGUUUGUUAUGUAUGUUUUAGACCUUUCCGUUUUUUCACAGAACACUCCACAUUCAGCCGCAGUAAGGGUCAGAUGUGUGCAUUUGGGUUUGUGUGUGUGUGCAUGUGUCAUUAUCCAUAUCCUCAGGAGGAUCAAUGCAGAACUGCCUCAAGGUUUUACACAGGUUUGGUAGCUUUAGAGACACCUCACUAAGCUAUGAAACUCUGAAGGCUCUGUGGUUCUAUGGGAUGUUUUCUCUCCAAAGAGAGAUUCAUCUGCAGCACAUAGUUGGAUUAGUGUUUGGCCAUGUGUGAAUGCAGUGGAAGCCUCCUGCAGGUGCUGUGAUCAAUAGUGUAGCUCUAAUAAAAUAAAGCAUGCUCGCAAGCCUUUAGUUGACCACACCGCACAAUGGCACAAUCACUUUGGGAUUCACAAACCCUUUUCUUGUUUUUUUUGUAAGCUUAAAAUAUUUGUAUUAAUAUCCUAAAAUGAGCAGCAUCCUUUCACAUAGAGUUGCACCGUUUUAAUUUAUUUUGUGUUUUUCUUUUUUUCCUGCUUUUUUAUUGCUUUCUAGGCUCGAUUCUACUGUUUUAGAACAAUUACAGAAGCUUGCUACUUUCUUUUCUUUGGUUAUUGUGUAUUGCCUCCCACACCCUGUUGAUUUUCUCCUGAUGUUCGAUUUCAAUAGGGCCCACCUGGAAAAUUCUUCAAAAAUGACCCCAACAAGGUUCCAUUAAAGGUUAACAUGUGAUAUUUGACUGGAGCUUCCUGGUCAAAUGGAUGAAAAGUGGUCUUAUUAUUCACUAAUUGAAAAAAGUCUUAGGCUCCAAAUGUAUGAGUGCACAGAAUGAUGUCAUCAUGAACAAGCGGGAUGAAGAAAGCUAACGCUGUGGUCCAGGUUAGGACAUUAAAGCAGAUAAUGAUGGUGUGUGUGCCCCUUGGUGGGUGCCUUAUGUGUAUCUGCUCUUAAACUGGAUUUUCACACAUACACUGUACACUGUCACCAAAUGCGGUUAGUGAGAAACUGAUAGCUGCUUUUGGUUUAUUUUACUCCACUACAAAUAAAGAAAGGUGCACUUUUGGUUUUGGAUUUUAACUUGCUGUUUUUAUUUUUAUUUUUUCAUUGAUCAUUUUACUCCUUCACUUCUGAGCGGCAGACAAAAGCAAAUUCUUACUGUAUCAGAUAAAUGAAUGAAAGUGUACCAGCUGAAAAAUGUCUAUGUCAAAAUGACUUGACUGUUUAAUUUCCAAUGUUGAAAGAUGCUCUUCUUGCCCUUGGUGUUUCUUAAUUAAAAACAAAAUUCAUGUGCUAUUUGUA